AUGAGCACAAACCCGCAGCCACCAGCUGGCAGUGGCUUUGACGGCGAUUCGUACUUUUAUCUGCUGCCGUCGACGCCCGUGCCAACAACGCACGUCCAACCCACGCCCAACCUUCACCGCAGUCGCAGCCACAGCUCAUACAGCGAGAGUCAGAGCCAAGGCACGCCCCACUUUCCACUUCCGCAGCGCCCAGCGUCUCCCCAUUCUAGGCAAUCUUUCAGUUAUCCAACAAGGAAUAUGUCUGCCAGUUCAUCCAAGCACAGACCUAGGAGUAGCAGCCAAGGUAGUUCGCGGGCUGCUCCUGGUAGGACUGUUUGGGAAGCAGAUAUGCUUAGUGAAGAAGACGAGGACGCUGACGAGGCCAUACAAGAGAUACGCCAGGAAAUACAGCCAGCCCAUCGUGCACGCGGAAAGACCGUAGCCAACGACUCUCCCGACGAAGACGAAGACCCAGAAAGAGACGACGAAACAGCGCGGGACGAUGACGAUCCAAUCACCGUAAAAGACCGUCAAUCUCUCAUUAACGUCGAACAUCCGUUCGGUCUUCGCAUAUGGAAACCUGCACUGUACAAAAAGUCGAGGUCUAUCACUCGCAACGCGGACGCGGCACUCCAUGCCAUCCCGUCUGCGCAGGCUGAGCGGCAUUUACUACCCGGAAAUAUAUUCUGGGUCGUGUGCUUUGGGUGGUGGUUAGCACUUGCUUGCUUCACUGUUUCUGCCAUCUUGUACAUGCUGCCGCUCGGUGGUCGUCGAUAUGCUACUCUCUUAUUCGGCCUUGGCUGGUAUCUUGGCUGGCCGUUUGGUAAAUACGUCGAGGGGGACAGAGACGAAGGCGGCGAUGAAGAGAACCCUGUCGCGGAAGAGGGCGACGGUAUCGCUUCUCUCGACGGCUCGUUAUCCAAGACGUCUACUAUCACUCCUCAUACAGCUGAUCGAGGACCCUCGUCUACCCGCAUCGGCGACGUUCAUCAACCUAGCACCGAGAACGCGCCCUUGUUGCCGACAUCUGUACUCUUGCCGUCCAAGUCCUAUGGAGCGACGCCAUCACCCUUACCUUCGCCGGACGGAUAUCAGAAGGUCUCUGAUGACUGGGUUGGUCGUGCUGCGUUUUGGGUGGCCUUUUGUCUUGUCGUCGCACCCCUGAUGUUUUGCGCUCCACCUCCUGCUGUCGUUGUUGCCUCUGCAACCCUCUCAACAGAACAACCUAGCACGAACUCGCAACGCCCUGUCGAAUUCUCCGUCAAGCACCCGCGGUUAUCUCAGGGCCAAGCUGCUCCCUCUGUUACUGGCUCAGACAAAUCAACCGUGCUCCUGUGUGUAUAUCGGGCGGUAGGACGGGAAUAUUUCAAGUACACCGUUAGCGGUGUCAACAUCAUCUUCGUUAACCUCCUUCCCCUCGUGUUUUUCGUCAUUUUCGAUGGGUUUGUGCUUCUUCCUUACGUGGAGCAUAGGGAAGAAAUAGGAAAACCCGCCCCCGCGCUGCUUUUGCUUAUCGCUUCCCGUGCUGUCAUUUUCUUCAUGUGCUUGGCGAGUGUGAUCCCACUAUCGUACUUCAUUGGAAUGGCCGUUGCCUCCAUCUCCGCACAGUCGUCUAUUGGAAUGGGCGCCGUCAUCAAUGCGACUUUUGGUUCCGUGAUCGAAAUUAUGCUAUACUGUAUUGCCCUGACUCAGGGUAAGGGCCAUCUCGUGGAAGGUUCGAUCGUGGGCAGUUUACUGGCUGGCGUCCUUCUCAUGCCUGGGGUGAGUAUGUGCGCUGCCGCAUUCAGGCAAAAGGAGCAGAAAUUCAACGCGAAGAGCGCUGGCGUCACAAGUAUGAUGUUAAUCAUGGCGUUCAUUGGCACUCUUACACCGACGUUGUUCUAUCAAAUAUAUGGCAACUUCCAACUCAUUUGCACGGGGUGUCCUGAUGGCCCGCGGCGCAAAGAUACCCCCGACUGGAAGUGCGACCAUUGUUAUUAUCAGCAUCCUGAUCCUGCCACCGAUCCCUUCUACCAAUCGACGGUGAAGAGUUUGAUGUACCUCUGUGCAGUGGUCCUUCUCUUCUCUUACCUCAUCGGCCUCUGGUUCUCCCUCCGGACCCAUGCCUCUCAAAUAUGGCAGAAACCUCGACAGCUCUUGCAACCUUUAGAAAUCCCAAACCUUAAUCGUAUAUCCGGGCAUCUGCGCGGAUUACAUCCGAUGUCAUACUCCUCCAGUACUGGACCUCGUCACAGGCGGAGCAUCGUGUCCAAUGCUGACGGCGACGUUGAAUCCCGCUCUCAAACCCCAGUACCCAGACCAGUUGAACCAGGUGCACAGCAACAGCAACAAUACCCACAACAAUAUCAACAGCAACCUAGUUCACCACGACCUCCGGUAUCGCCGUCCCUUAGACGCGUCCAGCCCGCAAUACAGAACAUUACACCCAUCAUAGAGAGCUGGCUACAGGUCAGUGCACUCAGACAUCAGCAAGCUGUUCAAGCGCAAUCUCCCGCUCGAGUGAAACUUGCUGCAGGACAUGACGUCGAGGGUGCGUCGGGACCUGCCGGGCACGAAGCACCAGAGUGGAGUAGGACUACUAGCGCUGGUGUCCUACUUGCAUGCACUGCGCUCUACGCAGUUAUAGCUGAGCUUCUCGUGGGUGUCGUCGAUGUCAUAUUGCAAGACUAUGGUGUCGAGGAGAAAUUCUUGGGUAUCACUCUUUUCGCAUUGGUCCCGAACACCACAGAAUUUAUGAAUGCUAUUUCAUUUGCGCUCAACGCCAAUAUUGCAUUGAGUAUGGAAAUCGGUUCCGCGUAUGCCCUCCAAGUUUGUCUUCUUCAGAUCCCGGCUAUGGUUGCCUUCUCUGCGUGGUAUGCGCCAGAGAAGAUGGGAGAGAUUGGUUACACGUUCACUCUCGUGUUCCCUCGUUGGGACGCUGUCGUCAUCAUUCUUUCCGUAUUCUUGAUGACUUAUACCUACAUCGAGGCCAAGAGCAAUUACCACCGCGGGAGCAUCCUCAUACUUAGUUAUCUUGUCCUCGUAUCAGGAUUCUACUUCGCGCCACGUCUGUCGGCCGACCAGGAAGGCUUGGGCAUUCACUGGGAUGUGCCUCUUACAUCCCUUAUCACCCAAACCUGGGCAUACAUUCGCAGUUGA